UAGAGAUCUUGGGAGCUGAUAUCGUGAUGUGGUAUCACGUAGUUGGUGUUGGAAGCGUGAGGGGCAGUGGGGUAAGCUGAGCGCGACCUUCGUACAGCCGACGUAAUGCCUUUAUCUGCCAUCAUCGCCUGCUGGGCAGGUGCGAGGGACGUCUUUAAAUGCCAGAUCAAUAAACCCUCCCAGACAUGCUCCAUCAUGUCUGCUGCAGUGAGUGCACAUAACGUCACGCGUGGAAAUUCGGUGUUGUUGCCCAGGUACUCACUCGGAGGGUAGUGAUGCAAUUGCGAUCCCGGCACGCCAUCACGCGACGCGCUCGCGCCGACAAUUCGCGUCCGCCAGGCCAGCCACUUAGCAUCAUCGUUCCCCGUUUCAUCCCAUCUCGCUUUCCCUCUCGCACAUCGCUCUACAACAUCGUAAACAGACAUUUGCUACCUUCCACACCCCACGAACAAUACCCCAUCAUCUAUCGCAAUCCGUCAACACUUCAAUCCACAGCCAUGGGCCUCAAGCGCAAGUACUCCUACGACGACUCGCCGCUCUCCAUCUCCAGCUUCGGCGCCGUCUCCACACCGGAUGCGCAAUCGCCCAUGUCCUUCAUCAAGGGCUAUGACAAGAUGACGGAUACACAUGCACAUGCGAGCUCGAGAUCCAAUGGCUGGGACUUCCUAAGCGCGAGUCGAGUCAAGAGCAAUGAUUGGGGCAACCGCACACAAAAGCGGGUUCGCGACAACAGACCCGACGAGCAAGCAAUACACAAAAACACGCUGAACAUGCUCUUCGCCGCGCAACGUGAACAUCCAGAGGCCUCGCCCAUCCCGUCCGACGCUCUUCCAACACACCAGCCAUCAACUUUGGCCUCGUCGAAACCACAAAAGUCUACGCUGCAUUCUUUCUGGAAACAGCUACCCGCGCCGCCUGUUCAACCCAUCUUCUCAAUGCCUGUACGGCAGGACCAAGCUUCGUCACAAGUGCCCCGAUGCGAAGACUGCGAUACACCACUACAUAGUGAACGAGACGAGAUGGAUGUAAACAUGGAUAUGGACAUGAGCGGAGCUGUGGCGCAUAGUCCUUUUGCAUGCAGCGAUUGCGGGCGCAACGUAUGUGGGACUUGUGCAGUUGUGUCAUCGACGAGGCAUUGCCUGCAGUGCGCGACCAGUGGAAGGAAUUUGAGGCGGUGCUGGUAAGAGUGGAGUGUGAAGAUAGUUCGUGCAUAGCACGGUCAUUGUGGGCAGCGUAGUUUUCUUAGCAUUGUUGUAUAGCGAGGCGUACGGGUGUCAGCAAUGGGAUCAAGCGCUGGCCAAAUAACGGUAGUAUACCCCUUUCAUAUU